AUGGUUGCUGAGCAGGAUAAGAAGGGUGCCGUUGCCGUUCCUGCAGAAACCCCUGCAGCUCCCGCUGUGACCCAGCCCACCACUGAGGCCACUGCAAAAGCUGCUCCUGAGACGCCUCUGACCAAGCUUAAUGGUCGCCUCGACGACAUCUGCGGCAAGGCGCAACACGGGGAGAUGUGGGGAGUUCAACUGUCCAACAUCGACCAUGUCCCUACCAUGGUUGUCCUCCAGAAAUUCCUGAGGGCCAACAACGAUGAUCCUGUCGCCGCUGAGAAGCAGCUUACUCAGGCUCUCGAGUGGCGCAAGAAGAUGAACCCUACUGCAUUGGUCACUCAGACCUUUGAUAAGGACAAGUUCAACGAUCUAGGCUUUGUCACAGUGCACAAUGGCGAGAACGACAAGGAGACCGUCAUUACGUGGAACAUUUACGGUGCUGUCAAAAACAACAAGGUUACUUUUGGAAACGUCGAGGAAUUUAUCAAGUGGCGCGCUGCCAUCAUGGAGCUCAGUGUCCAGAAGCUUAAACUGGACGAGGUCACGGAGCCCAUCCCUGAGGGAGGCGAGGAUCCUUAUCGAAUGAUUCAAGUUCAUGACUACCUUAAUGUCAGCUUUUUCCGCAUGGAUCCCGCCGUGAAGGCUGCUAGCAAGGAGACAAUCUCCGUCUUCUCCAUGGCGUACCCAGAGCUGCUCGCCCAUAAGUACUUUGUCAACGUUCCUGCCAUUAUGGGAUGGAUGUUCGGCGCCAUGAAGCUCUUCCUUGCCCCUGCCACCCUUCGGAAAUUCCACCCAAUGACCUCUGGCACCACUCUAGCUACAGAACUGAAGACAAUUGUUCCUUCUUUGCCUAAAGAGUACGGCGGCCUUGGGCCCAGUGUCAAGGAGGGCCAAACCGUUUUGCUAGCUGAUACCCAUGAGGCUAGCGAGACCUCCACCAAAUCUGCUGCGGCCGAGCCUGCUCCCAUUGCCACUCACUCCACCAGUGCCGCCGGUGAGGCUCCCAUCAUCACUGAAACUACUCCCGCUACAGAAAACAUCAUAGUUGCCGAGCCAGUGGUACCUUGUGAGCCGACUGCCUCUUCAUCAGCUCCUACUACUGUGGAGGCCAUUCCUGCACCAGUUCCCGCCCCUGUUGAGGCUGCCAAGGAAGAGACUGCAGGAAAGGCUGUUGAGCAAGCUGGUGAGAAGCCUAUUGAGGAAGCUCUCGAGAAGCUUGCAGUCAACCCAAAUGAAGAGGCUGGGGAAAAGGGGGCUCAUACCGCUGCCACCCAGGUCGAGGACAAGAAGGAGAGCAGUGCUUGA